CGAGAGAGAGAGAGCACGAGAGAGAGAGAGAGAGAGAAAGAACACAAGGGGGAGAGAAGAGAAGAACACGAGCAAGAGAGAGAACAUGAGCGAGAGAGAGAGAGAGAGAGAGAACAUAAG